ACAUUUUGGAAACAACUAGUGAAGCCGUGUUAAGUGUUGUUAAUGGGAGAACACAAGCAGCUCUGGAUCGGGGUAACCAUGCCCACAGAAGCCCCCAGGAAACUUCUGUUAGAAUCAUGAGCUUCUGGAACAGCAGUGGCUGCAGGCCCCAUGGCCGAUGGAUGUGUGCAGUUGGGAAAGCAAACAGUGCGUUCUGUGAUCUGCUCCAGCUCCGACGGCCUUCCUCCUGGAGCUCACUGCACCGGCAGCCUCUCAGCAUCCCAACCUGGUCCCAAGCAGCCCUGUCCCCUCACUCAGUGUCAUCCUGAAGUCAUCCCAGUGCAAGGUCCUGCUGACCAAGUGGAUCCUGUCAUCCAUCGCUCACCAGAAACUGACACUCAGGCACCUCAGAGUCUGGGGUUCCGGGUUCAAAUGGCUUCCAAAGGGGCUCUGUGUCUCGUGGUGGAUUUUGGAGACAGUUCUGGGGUUCGAAUGAGGACCUGCAAUGUGUCUGAGGAAAUGGCGGUUACUGCCUCCCACCAGUAUGGGAAAGAAGGAGUCUAUAUGCUCAGGGCGGUUAUUUACAGUGAGUUUUACGGAACUGAAGUGGAGCUUGGGCCUUAUUAUGUGGAAGUUGGCCACGAGGCCAUGUCCGUGUUCAUGAAUUCCAGCAGUGUCCACAAGGAUGAACUUCUGGUCUUUGCCAGCUCCCACAUGGAUCAGAAAAGCACUGUGGUUAGGCAUUGUUUUCCAUCCUUUUCCUCAUAUAAUGUGUCCUUUACUUCUCGGACCCACGUGGGAGACAACCAGGCUUGGCCCAGCAUCUCUGUUUGGUAUCAGAUGCAACCUGUCUCUGUCUACACAAAUGGAACUGUGUUCGCCACAGACACCGAUAUCACUUUUGUAGCUGUUACCAAGGAAACAACUCCCCUGGAGUUUGUGUGGUAUUUUGGAGAAGAUCCACCCAUGAGGACAACUUCCAGAAGCGUUAAGAAAAGACUCAGCCUUCCCCAGUGGUAUCACGUGAUGGUUACAGCUUCCAACGGGAUCAGCAGCUUGGCCUCAGAGCCCCACUGCAUCAGGCUGCAGAGGAGAAUUGUCGCCAAUCGGCUCACAUCCACUAGCUCAGCUCUGGUGAAUGCCAGUGUGACCUUUGAGUGCAGAAUCAACUUUGGCACCGAUGUUGCUUACCUGUGGAACUUUGGGGAUGGUGCCGUCGGCCUGGGGAACAGCUCUGCCAGUCACAUCUACAGUAGUGAAGGAGAGUUUACCGUGCAGGUCCUUGCCUUCAAUAACGUCAGCUCUGCCUCCCUCAAAAAGCAACUUUUCAUCGUGCGCCAGCCCUGCCAGCCACCCCCAGUGAAGAACAUGGGGCCCGGGAAGGUGCAGGUGUGGAGGUCUCAGCCUGUGAAACUGGGAGUGACCUUUGAAGCUGCCAUUCUCUGUGACAUCUCCCAAGGCCUUUCCUACACCUGGAGCUUCACAAACUCUGCAGGAUUGCAGGUGCCCCUGCCCCCUGCUGUGAACACUCAUGAACAGACCGUCACUGUCCCCAGCUACUUUCUGGAACCCGGGAACUACACUGCACUUGCCAAGGUUCAGGUGGAAGGCAGUGCCGUGCACAGUAACUACUGUGUGGGGGUGGAGGUGCGAGCCCGGGCCCCUGUCAGCGUGAUCUCCGAGGGCACACACCUGUUUGUCUCGAGGACCCCCUCGACCACCAUCAUCCUCAGGGGAUUCCUGUCCUACGACCCGGACAAGCCUGGGGCACCUCUCAGGUAUCACUGGAAAUGCACCGCAGCCAGCGCCCCUGGGCGCCUCUGCUUCCCGUCCUCCUCUCCACAUGGCCUGCACGCCUCGGCUCCCACGCUUUCCUUUGCAGCCAACUCUCUCAGCGACACCUAUGACCAGUUUCUAGUGACGCUGACAGUGUCCAGCCACGGCCGGAACUCUUCAGAGGCACAGGUGUUCCUGUCCACACGCCCCGACUCAGCACUCAGAUUUGUCCACAUUUCCUGGGUCAACUUUAGAGACAUCUUUGUUAAUUGGAAUGAAGAACUUUCUCUUCAAGCUGAGUGUGAAGGGUGUGGUGCGAUAUCCACUCUCUCUUACUCCUGGGAGCUCUUUUUAGUCAACGCAACAGAAAAGCACAGUGUAGAAGUUCCCUUUUGUCGAACAGUGGGGCUCCUUGGAUCCUCAAGAUUUGGAGACAUUUCGAAGUUGUCAGGGUCUGAUCUGCUGUCCCCGGAGCCACGCAGGGCAGCUCCCUAUGUAACAACCACCCCAUCCUCAUGGAAGCCAUGGCCCAAGACCCCGAGCCGGCCUGCCCUUUCAGCCUUGAGGAGAACUUCCACGGAGUCCCUGGUCAGCAUGUAUCGGGGCUCCACUGCUGGUGGCCCUGCAGCCCCACGGGGGACUCCUCAGCAUGAGGGGUCCCCGAGGCCCAGCCCCUCUGGGAGAAGUUCGCCCCCACAGAGCCCAGCCCCUCACCUCCCUGAUUUUGAAGCCUAUUACAGUGAUAUCCAAGAAGCAAUGCCAUCCAAAGGGAGACAGCCGGGUGACUGGACCAACAUCAACCUCCCAGGAUCAGGACCAAAUGUGAAUGCUGAUGAGAGCCACGGUGAUGGGGACAACCUGUUGGGCCCGUUCCUCCCCACUGUUAGUGCCAGGCCUGUGCUCAUGGUGGACUGGCCCAAGUCCCUGGUUCGCCGAGCUGUUUUCCACGGCUACACCUCAUCCGGUAUCACGGAGCAAACUGUGACCAUAAAGCCGUACUCACUGAGCCCUGGGGAGACGUAUGUCCUACAAGCCUCUGUGGCUUCGAAGGACAGUUUUCUAGGGAAAGCUCAGCUGUACUUGACCACCAACCAAGCUCCUCGAGACGUGGCCUGUCAGGUGCAGCCCCAUCGUGGCCUCGAGGCACACACCAUCUUUAGCGUCUUCUGCAUGUCAGGGAGACGGGACUUUCGUUAUGAAUUUAGUUACCAGAUAGGAAAUAAUGCCAAACGCACUUUGUACCAUGGGAGAGACAGUCAGUAUUACUUUGCGCUGCCUGCUGGUGAGCCCUUGGACGAUUAUAAAGUCAUGGUGUCCACGGAGAUCACAGACGGUGAAGGCUCCCAGGUACAGCCCUGCACUGUGGCAGUGACUGUGCUGCCCCGUUUCCAAGGGAAUCACUGCCCCGGCGAGGACGUAUAUAAUUCCAGCCUGAAAACCCUGUCUACUCUGCAGCUGAUGGGGAGUUACACGGAAAUCAGGAAUUAUGUCACCAUGAUCACCAGGGUGCUGAGUCGCUGGGCUAAGGAGGACAGAAGUCCCUCGUGUGGCCAGUGGUCACGAAUACAGGAUGCAUUAAUUUCUUCAGUGUGCAGAUUAGCUUUCGCAGAUCAGGAAGAAAUGAAUGAUUCUGUUCUUAUGUUGAGGGACCUCAUACACUUCCCUAACAAGUUAAGCUUCACAAGCGCAGUGCUCAUCAUCAAGUAUGCCCGGGUGCUCCGGGCUCGAAGCCCCCUCUUGGGGAGGUUUGUGGUGGACAAAGAGCAGAUGCUCGAGCUCAUCCUUCUCGUCUCCGGGGUCUUAGAAGCCUCGGACCGAGAAAAAUCGAGGAAUGCAGACUACCCACAAGACGAAGGAAUUAAGGUCAUCUCGGACUUAUUGUUAGACCGCCUGUCUUCAAACAGCGAGCGUCAGCUCCACAUUAGCACUGGGCAGAUGGAGAUCCUCACGCUUCUUCAUCAUGAGCCACAGAGCUCCGUGCAGAGCCUGGGCCCCAUCCAGGUGCAUUUACCCGGAGACCUGGCUGGGCAGAGUCCUGCUGGGCCUGGAAUGCAGAGCCCAUGCUACGUUAGCCAGCUCAUGCUCUUCAAGAAGAAUCCGUAUCCAGGGGGACGAGCUGGCGAGAUGGGCAGAGUCCUCCACCUCUCUCUGUACAACUGCUCCAGCAGAAGACCCUUCAGCAGACACCGGCUGAGGAAACCCGUGACCCUGGAGUUUGGGGAGGAAGGUGGCCCGGAUAAUAGGAGAAAUAGCAGCACAUUUGUUUUGCUUCGGGAUAAAGUGAAUUUUCAUCAGUUCGCUGGGCCUUCUGAAGACCCCCAGGAAUCUCUACAGAUAAGAAUAGAAUUUUCUAAGCCUGUUACAAGAGCUUUCCCGGUCAUGUUGCUGGUAAGGUUCUCUGAGAAACCUACUCCUUCUGAUUUUCUUGUGAAACAGAUCUACUUCUGGGAUGAGCAAAUCGUGCACAUUUACGUGCCUGCUGUGUCACUGAAAGACACCAACUUGGGAUAUUUAUCCUUACUAGAUGCUGACUAUGACAGAAAACCUCUGAACAAAUAUUUGGCCAAGUCAGUGAAUUAUGCCGUGCAUUUCCAGUGGAUCCGAUGCCUGUUUUGGGACACAGGAGAGUGGAAAUCUGAAAGUUUCUCUCCACAACCAGGAACUUCUCCAGAAAAAGUGAACUGCAGCUAUGACCGCCUCGCAGCGUUCUCUGUCACAAGAAGAAGGCUGAAUGCCAGUUUUGAAACGAGUGACAUUUCCAAGUUACAGGGACAUCCGGAAAACCUACUUCCCGCUAUUUUUAUUGUGGUUUUUACAAUUCUUUAUGCACUUUUGGUUACUAAAAGCAGACGUGUAGAUCGUCACGAAAAAAAGAAAACUGGUUACAUUUUUCUGCAAGAAAACGCUCCGCCGGACCAACAGCUGUACGCAGUUGUCGUGGACACAGGCUUCCGGGCUCCGGCCCACUUUACCGCAAAAGUUUACAUUGUUUUAUGUGGUGAAAAUGGACUUUCGGAACCCAAAGAACUCUACUGCCCAGAGAAGCCCCUGUUUGAAAGGAAUUCCAGACACACCUUUAUCCUGAGUGCUCCGGCUCCUCUGGGCCCACUCCAGAAGAUCCGUCUCUGGCACGACAGCCGUGGACACUCUCCCGCCUGGUAUGUGAGCCACGUGAUGGUGAAGGAGCUGUGUGCAGGACAGGGACAGAGCUGGCUUUUCCCCGCCGAAUGCUGGUUGGCAGUGAGCAGGUGGGACGGCCGCGUGGAGCGGGAGCUGGCCUGCCUGUGCCGGGGCCCGGGCUUCUGGAAGCUUUGGUAUUGGAAGUUCAUGGAGUAUCUGGAGGACUUCCACGUCUGGACCUCUGUGCUCAGCCGGCCCUCGGGCAGUGGCCUCCUGCACACCCCGCGCCUCACCGUGGCCUUCGCCGUGCUCUGCGCCUACGCAGGCCUCACUGCCCUGCUCACCACUGUGGGACAGGAGCAGCUCAUGUUGGAUGUCGGCCCCACUGAGGUCACUCUUGGAUCCUUCUGGAUGGGUUUCCUGUGCACCCUUCUGGCUUCUCCGGGGGCGCAGCUCUUGUCGCUGUUCUUCAGGCUCAGCCAGGAAGCCAGAGGGCCUCCUGGAGAAGAGCCACACCUGCCCCUGAGAGCAGUGAGGACAGAGGCAGCUCAGGGCCCUAAUUCGAGUAGAAGGAUGCCAGACGCACAGAAGACAUACAAGCAUAACGUUCUUUCUGAGAAUGGCGGGGCCCCGAGGAGGGCAGCAAGCAGUGAUGGUGCAGGCUGUUCACCCCCUGAACCAGAGGCCGACAGGGCUGACCUCAGCCAGCCUGCUCCGAGGGAGGAGAGUGACCCCUGCACUCUCAGUUUACAGGGCCCUGGCGGUGGGUUUGAAGAACUCACCGUUCCCCGGUGGCCAAGGGCACCUCUGCCUUGGUCUGGCUCUGCAGCGUGGGUCCUUUGCGGGAUGGUGUCUGUGGCCUGUGGCUUGGGGACAGGAUUUCUAGGAUACAGGUUUAGCCCCACGCAGUGUCUGCAGUGGCUGCGCCUGCUGGCCCUCUCGGUGGUGUGCUGUGUUUUCGUCACCCAGCCGCUUAUGAUCGGCCUCGCGGCAUUGGGCUUUGCUUGGAGAAGGAAAGACGACAAGCACUUCUUCACUGAGUCUUUACGUGAAGCUACCAAGGGUCUGGACUCUGAACUGGAAGAACUUUCCAGGACCCGCAUGCCCCUUUCUUCAGGCUGCAGCAUUCCUGACAGUGCAAGUGAGGUGGAAAAAGUCUUGGCUGCCCGACAACGAGCACGCCGCCUGCGCUGGGCAUGUCCGCCGUCCCCAGCCCAGCUCAGAGUCACCAGGGAGAGGAUGAGAAGAGAAAUGCGAACUCGAGAGGAGCUGAGAGACAUUUGCAUGUACAUCCUCAUGCUGCUCCUGCAUUUGUUUAUAAUUCAUGGGAAAUUCUCUGGGGAUGAAUAUUCUCUCAAUCGAGCCAUCCAAAAUGAAUUUACAAGAGUACCUGAAAUUUAUACUAGAGGAAAAGAACUAUUUGUUUCUGGCCUUGCCUUAAGAAGCGCCAGGAGCUCCUCCAGUAGCCUGAGAAGCGUGGAUGAGUGGUGGGACUGGAGCCUGACCACGCUGCUGGACGGCCUGUACCAGGAAAGCUCCUUCACAGCCGGCACACUGGGCGCUCAGCCCGGAGCCCUUGGAGGAAAGUUCUACCUAACAGGCCCUUCGGUCAUUAAACAGAUGAAAGUUCCUCCUGGCAGUUUAUGUGAGCUUCCCAGCCCGCCAUCAGCACACAUCGAAGGCUCUCUUCCUACACAUAACCCCACGGUUGGAAGCCCUGAAUCUCCCUCUGUGAUAGAUCCAGAGAUCCAAAGAGUGGCCCUGAGUGGCCCUGGGGGCUGCAGGGAGGACUGUGUGCUCAGCCUGGGCAGGACAAGGCCUGCAGCCCGAGCAGCGCUGACCAGGCUCAGGGCCAGCAGAUGGAUCAACUGCAGCACCAGGGCCGUGUCGGUGCACUUCACCCUCUAUAACCCUCCAACUCAACUCUUCUCGAGUGUGUCCUUGAACGCCAACAUGCUCCCCACAGGGGGGCUCGCCCUCUCCUCCCUGGUGGAGUCCUUCCACAUCUUCCGCAGCAACUCAGCGAGGUACCGCCUCAUGCUUCCUGAGCUGCUCUUCCUGGUGCUCAACCUCAUUCACCUCUGUUUUCAACUCUACGGCAUGAUGGAGAAGGGCGUCCGCAACUAUUGGCGAAAACCGAGAAACUGGCUGGAGCUCUCCAUAGUCGGAGCAGCUCUCACCUACUCCGCAGCCUCCGGACACCUGGGUACUCUUGCUGGGGAGGUGACCGACCAGUUCCACAGAGGACUUUUCCAAGAGUUUACAGACCUCAGUCAUAUGGCAGCAUGGAAUCAGAGGGCGCGAUGGCUCCAGGGAAUCCUUUCAUUCCUCUUGAUACUGAAAUGCAUUUAUCUCCCUGGCAUUCGAAACACCAUGGCGUCCUGCUCAUUCACUGCGCGCCGCUCGCUCUCCAGCAUCUUUGCUCCGGGGCUGGCGGGGGUCCUGAUGCUGGCCGCCCACACCCACCUGCGUGGAUUUCUGCUCUCGGCUUGGGCUCUCCCUUCUGGUGCCUUCUCAGACUCCUUCCACGGGCUGCUGUUUCAUUUUCCAGGAAGAAGCCAAAGAGACACAUUCCUUGGCCUUUCCAAGUCUGACAGGCGGGACAUGGCUUGUUGCUACGGGGCCUUUUUGAUAGCAGUGACCACUCUGUGGUUUGGAAUGCUGAGAGGUUUCCUCAUGACUCUUGGCCGAAAAAGAAAAUCUUUUCAAAGCAAAUCUCUUGUGAGGCUUAAAGACAUGACUGCCUACAUGGUGGGGAAGACCCUCACCCUUCUGGGACUGGAAAGGCCAAAGUUGGACGAGACUGAGAUGGUUGAGAACCAUAAUUAUUACCUCGAUGAAUUUGCAGAUUUGUUAGAUGAGCUUUUGCUGAAGAUUACUGGUUUGUCCGACAGCCUACAACCCCCUUUUCUAGAACAACAAUCCAGUGAUACGGUGGAGGCCGGGUCAGAAGAUAGUCCCUUGGCGGGUGUUUCUGCUUACCAACUUACUGGGCUUGAAAUGAUGGCAAAACAUCUGUCUGCUUCCUUACUUCUGAUUACACCUGGAAUCAACAAAGAGACGGAGAAACAGAAGUGGAAACUCUAUCCUCCCAGCCACUAAGAAAUAUCUAUGACUCAGAACAUGACCAAGAAUCCCAAGAAUGGCAGCCAAACACAGUGACCAUUAGAACACUGCCACUUCCAAGAGCACACAGCAUUCUCUGACCUCAAUAGAACACACAGAGGGCUGACCAAAGGGCCCCGGUUUGGAAGAAAAGAGAAUAGGACACAAAAGAGCUAAAGGAAUCUUCCUGAACCCCAACUCCACAGACUUUUGGGGACAAAGGACUGAAGGAAAGCCAUCUUUGUAAGAAACGGUCUGUUGGUGUGGCCACCAGAGGAGGGUCUGUUGGUGGCCCACAGACCUGGAGUCACGCAGACCCACAUACCAGGGUUAGGUACACAGUGAGAAAGGAAGAGGAGCGCCUGACUCCAGUGAUAGGUGCAUUCUAAUGGGGCUUCCCUGAGAUCCAGAAAGAUCCUCUGCAGCCCAGAGCCCUCAUUAUCACACUUUCCAGUAGCAGUGAGACUGCUCCCUGGCGAAGAUGAGAACUGGGGUGCCUCCUACUCAGGCUCACUCCCAUCCUCUUCUGGUCCUACUAACAACCACCAAGGAUGCUCCCCUCAGGCAAAGAUGAACUCUCUCUGUAGAGGUGAGCAGUCGCUGUUGGGUAUGUGCAAAGAUGCUGCAGGAGAAAGUGGUAGUUAAAAAUGACCAACAGAGAACCAGCCCUGAGGGCCUAGUGGUUAAAGUUUGGUGCUUUCACCACCUCAGUGGCCUGGAUUUGGUUCCU